GCCUUGGGCCUCUCCAAGGUGUAAUUUUCAACACAAAAUCUUCUUUUUUUUCAAAAUGCAGGCCUCUGGCUGCUGCUGUUUGUUAAUUCUUUCUCUCCUUUUAUUUUCUUCAUCAACUUUCGCUCUUUCUGAUGCUGAAGCCUUAUUUAUAAGUCGUCGUCAGCUCCUCACUCUUCCUGAGAACGGAGAUUUGCCCGACGAUUAUGAAUUCCAAGUGGAACUCAAUUUGACAUUUCCAAGUUCUAGGCUUCGUAGAGCAUACAUUGCUCUUCAGGCUUUGAAGAAAGCUAUCUUUUCGGAUCCUUUUAAUACCACAGCAAACUGGGAAGGCCCUGAUGUUUGCUCAUAUAAUGGGGUAUUUUGCGCACCAGCAUUGGAUGAUCCUAGCUUGAAUGUUGUAGCUGGUUUGGAUGUUAACGGUGCUGAUCUUGCUGGUUUCCUUCCUGUCGAACUUGGUCUUUUGACUGAUCUUGCCCUAUUCCACAUUAAUUCCAACAGAUUUUGUGGAAUUAUACCAAAGAGCUUCUCAAGAUUGACUCUUCUUUACGAGCUCGAUGUCAGUAACAACAGAUUUGUGGGUCCUUUCCCUAAGGUGGUUAUGUCGAUCCCAGAACUCAAAUAUCUAGAUCUUAGAUAUAACGAUUUCGAGGGAUGCGUGCCCGAUGAAUUGUUCAACAAGGAGUUGGAUGCAUUGUUCUUGAACAACAACAGGUUUGAAGGUAAAUUACCUGAGAAUAUGGGCAACUCUCCUGUUUCAGUUUUGGUGGUUGCAAAUAACAGAUUCAGUGGCUGCAUUCCAAAGAGUAUAGGUAAGAUGGUUACAUUGGAAGAGAUUAACUUUUUGAGCAACAAUUUGACCGGGUGUUUGCCUGUUGAAGCUGGCGCCCUAAAGAAUUUAACUGUUCUCUCUGUGGCUUCGAACAAGUUAGUUGGGAGCUUACCAGAAUGUUUUUCUGGUUUGAAGAAUGUAGAGGAGUUGGAUGUAUCAGAAAAUGAGUUGACAGGAAAUGUUCCUGGGGCUAUUUGCAAGUUGCAAAACUUGAGAAACUUCGCAUUUUCAGAUAACUAUUUCAAGAAUGAGGCACCUGAAUGUAUUCCGGCUUCCAACAAUGAUGGUGAUGUUGUGAUUUUUGACGAUAGCAAUAAUUGCUUAUCCAGCAGACCUAAACAGAAGGAUUCAAACACUUGUAAGCCAAUUGUUGACAGAGUUGUUGAUUGCAGUAAGUUCGACUGCAGUGGUGUUGGAUCACCUGCACCUUCGACCCCUUCCACCCCAGCAACACCUUCAACUCGUCAGUCCCCAGUUACUCAAACCCCCAAGGCUCCAUCUACACCUAAGACACCCUCAACACCUAAGCAUUCAACGAAAAAGAAGCCUUCGCCUACGCCAUCAUCGCCUACACCCAAACCGAAGGCACAAUCUCCCCCAUCACCAACACCUGCACCUUCUACACAAAAAGCACACCCCCCUCCAUCAUCAACCCCAACGCCCUCCACGCCGAAGACACAGCCUCCAUCUGCACCUUCUACACCAAAACCACAACCCCCUCCAUCACCGACCCCAACACCUUCAACGCCAAAGUCGCAACCUCCAUCUGCACCUUCUACACCAAAAUCACAACCCCCUCCAUCAUCAACCCCAACACCUUCGACACCAAAGGCCCAACCUCCUCCAUCCCCAACACCUUCACCUAAGCCAUCAUCACCAUCUAAAACAUCCCCAGUACGUAGGGUCUCCCCACCACCAUCACAACCGGCUAAGUCACAUUCUCCAACACCAUCCGGGUCAAGAACAUCUCCUGUAAAACAUGUUCACUCCCCACCCCCUCCCGUCCACUCUCCACCACCACCUGUUCACUCUCCUCCACCACCACCUGUCCAUUCUCCACCACCACCCGUCCACUCUCCACCACCACCACCCGUCCAUUCUCCGCCACCACCUGUCCACUCUCCGCCACCACCCGUCCACUCUCCACCCCCACCAGUACAUUCACCACCACCUCCACCAGUCCACUCCCCACCCCCACCCGUCCAUUCUCCGCCACCACCACCUGUCCACUCUCCACCACCGCCAGUUCACUCUCCACCACCGCCUGUCCACUCCCCACCACCCCCAGUACACUCACCACCACCACUGGUCCACUCACCUCCACCCCCAGUUCACUCACCACCACCACCAGUACACUCACCUCCACCACCAGUUCACUCACCACCGCCACCUGUAUACUCACCUCCACCACCUGAAAUGCCAGAUGUUAUCCUCCCACCAACCUUGGGAAUGGAAUACUCUUCACCUCCCCCACCAAUGUUCCCAGGCUACUAACUAGUUCCACACCACUCUCUAGAUCUCUUCACAAGUUCUUGUGUUUUUGGUGGGCAAUGUUAUUAUCAGUUCUACUUCCUUACAUAGUCCACCAAAUCCUAAUCACGGGUUCUUGUUAAUUGCAGCCUCAUCGAUAUGAAAUUGUUCUGUUUUUGCUGCUCUUUUUUUGUACUUUUUCCCCUUAUACAUAUCAUCUCUUCCCUUGGAAUCAAGAAAAGAAAAGAACAUAGGAAAAAAAAAAUACACGUAGUUUGUCUUCGAUACUGUAUAAUAUUUAUACAAAAAUAUAUCAAUAAACCUUUUAAUGGAGGGAAUGUAAUCCAUCUUAGUUAGAAUAUUAUGAGGUUUUACUUACA